AUGUUGCAAGAAAAACGACCAUCUCCCACACCAUCAAAAGAUGACAUCCUGGAACCUGGGAUGCGUAUUGUUUCAAGCACCAUUGACCCAACCCAAACUGGCCUAACUGGUUUUGCAAAGUUCAAAGAUAGUUUUAGACGUGCUCAUGUUGAAGAUAUUGGAGUUGAUCCUAAUAUUUCAGAAGCUGAAAAGAUUGCUAUCUUAACAGCAAACUCGCCUUUAGCCCGAAAACUCAAGAAUAGACACUUACAAAUGAUUGCAAUUGGUGGCUCAAUUGGUACUGGUUUAUUCAUUGGUUCGGGAUCAGCGCUAGCUACGGGUGGUCCAGCGGGAUUGUUAAUUGGUUAUAUUUUGAUUGGUACAAUGAUUUAUUGCACCGUACAAUCAUUAGGUGAGUUGGCCGUCACUUUCCCCAUUUCUGGUGCUUACGUUACAUAUAAUUCCAGAUUUGUCGACCCAUCUUGGGGAUUUGCCAUGGCUUGGAUAUAUGCGUUGGGGUGGUUAAUUACGUUACCAUUAGAAUUGGUGGCGGCAUCUUUAACUGUUAAGUAUUGGGAUCAAGAUACUAAUUCCGCGGCUUACGUUACUGCUUUCUUUUUCUUUAUUAUUGCUAUUAACUUUUUUGGUGUUAGAGGAUACGGUGAAGCUGAAUUCAUUUUCUCCCUCAUAAAAGUGUUGGCUGUCUGUGGUUUUAUUAUUUUAGGGAUCGUGCUCAUUACUGGAGGUGGUCCUCAAGGCGGUUACUUAGGCGGUAGAUACUGGCAUAUAGAGGGUGCCCCCUUCCCCAAUGGAUUCAAAGGUGUAGCCACCGUGUUUGUUGGAGCUGCUUUCGCUUUUGCUGGAACUGAAUUAUGUGGGUUGGCAGCUGCUGAAUCUGCUAAUCCAAAGAAAUCGUUACCUAAGGCAUGCAAGCAAGUAUUUUGGAGAAUCACCUUAUUUUAUGUUAUUAGCUUAACAUUAGUAGGUAUGUUGGUUCCUUACAACAAUGAAAGGUUACUUGGAACUUCUUCGGUGGAUAUCACCGCCUCCCCUUUCGUUAUUGCUAUUCAAAAUGGUGGAAUCCUGGGAUUGCCUUCAGUAAUGAAUGUUGUGAUCAUGAUUGCUGUCUUAUCGGUUGGAAAUUCUUCCAUCUUUGCAUCAUCCCGAACAUUGGCUGCAUUGGCUGCAUCUGAACAAGCUCCAAAAAUAUUAGGUUACAUUGACAAAAAGGGCAGACCACUAGUGGCAAUUGCUGUCCAAUUGCUAACUGGAUUUUUGUGUUACUUAGCAGCUACACCUAAGCAAGGGGAAGUAUUUGGUUGGAUGUUGGCUCUUAGUGGCCUUUCUUCGCUUUUUAACUGGGCUUCGAUUAAUAUGUGUUUAAUUCGAUUCAGAAGGGCGUUAAAGGUGAAAGGACGCGAUACUUCCGAAUUGGCUUUCGCUUCUCAACCGGGACUAAUUGGUGCAUACUGGGGUGUUAGUUUAAUUUUCGUUAUUGUUUGCUUGCAAUUCUGGAUUGCUAUCUUUCCGUUAAAUGGAAAACCAAACGUAGAGGCCUUCUUCGAGACGUUCCUUACAGUGCCGGUUGUUUUCCUUUUCUACUUUGGUCAUAAGAUAUACACGCGCAAUUGGAUUUUCUAUAUCAGGGCCAAGGAUAUUGAUGUUGACACCGGAAGAAGAGAAACUGAUUUGGAUUUGGUUAAACAGGAGCUUGCUGAAGAAAAAGCGUAUAUUAAAUCUUUGCCAUUCUAUAAGAGAGUGUACAAUUUCUGGUGCUAA